AUGGCGUUGCCACGAGUCUUAAUCGAUGCAGAUGGCAACUGGGGUUGUUUUCUCUUAGAAAGUACUAUCUAUGAAGCCAGUCAAAUAGUCUCCUUCAGCAGUGAGCCCUACAAAUGCCUAGGUCUGUGUUACAAUCUCAACAGUGAUUCUUCAAGCAGUGAUCAUGGCAGGAGCAGCAGCAUUAGGAACCCUGAACGACCAAGUGGACCAGCAAACACCUUGUACCAGAUUGCAGCCAACCCCAACUGUAACAUCCCGCAGUCCUUCUAUGAGGCAGCUGCUUUAUACCAAGGUCCCUACUUCCACAUCAACCAGGUCUUGAAGCAGGCACAUUUCCACAGCCUACGACAGCGAGAACAGUCCUCCUCACCAAGAUGA